UGCUCGUUUGGCACGUGUGGAAAAAUGGCAAGCUUCACCAGGGGAACCGUUUCAAAGUUACAUUUAAGACAAGUUAAGGGCUUCAAGCCUUUGUUAGGAUUUCAAGUCAAGGUUUAGGGAUUCAAAUUAGGGUGAGCCAGGUGUUCGAAACAAGGUUUGGGUUUCAAGCCCAUUAGGGGUUCAAAUUGGGGUUACGAGCCUUUUCACACUGCACUUGCCAAAGCGCCUGACCCCCUCGACCUUCCCAUUCAUUUUCUGUGGAUGCGGAGUGCGUCUGACGCUCAGUGUCGUGUCAAGCUCCUCCGAUGGGAGAGAGGCUGGCAGAGUGAUUUCUGAGUGCUAUUUCGGCAGUCAUACUGUAAACUGCAAGGGGGAAAUGGAGGAAGGCAUAAUAAUUGCAUUGUCUCACUAUCCCCAACUUUGGGCCAAUAGUAAAAUAAUAUACUGUGAUGUCUCUGCGGGAGGCUUUCAAAUUCCCUUUCAAAGAUCCCUGCUCAGCUUGAAAUACACCUCAAAGCGCUCUUCCUGGAACGAGGAAGCUCACAAACAUUAUUCCAAAUGCAUAUUACCGAAUUGCGGUCCACUCGGCGGGGGAAAGCCCCCCGACUUUAUUCUGGCUUGAAACCCAGCUUUGAAUGACUGAAGGCCUUUUCACACUGCACUCGCUCAGUGUGAAAGGACGACGACAGCGGCAGCGGUGCGGCCGUCCCGUGUUUGGAAGUGGUGACGUUCGAGGCGAGGAGAAAGUCGGGAAGCUUUCCCCGCUGAGUGGACCGCAACUCGGCAAUAUGUAUUUGUCAUUAUUGUUGGCUUGUUUGGGGCGGGAGUAGACGCAGCGGCAAAAAAAAUAAAAAAUAAAAAUAAGGGUAUAUUCCAUACUAAUUUCACGGCAGCAAUUCAGAGUUCAAACUUUUCUGUAGUAGUUUUGUAGUUUUCGAGGUGUAUUUCAGGCUGAGCAGGGAGCAUUGAAAGCUCAAAUUCGCCCAAAGUUCAGGAUAGUGUGACACCGCAAUUAUUAUGACCUCCUCCAUUUCCGUUUACAGUACAAGUCCACCAAAAUAGCACUCCGAAAUCACGCCGCAAGCUUUGCUCCCAUUGGAGGAGCUUUUUGACAUCACGGCGUCAACGCUUGAAAAUAGAACAUUUUUCUAUCUGGUGACGUGACGCAGAGCGUCACUUCAAAACGCACCAUGCCCCCCCCCCCAGCACACACAAUCAAUGGGAAGGUCGACGGCGUCAAGCGAUUUGCCAAGUGUAGUGUGAAAGAGCCUUUAGGCUUUCAAAGUAGGGUUUCAAAUUAAGGUUUGAAGUCAGUGUUAGAGCUUUAAAUUGGGGUUUCAUGUCACAGUUAAGGUCUCAAGCCAGAAUUAGGGUUUUAACAAGGGUUUGUCUUUCAUAGUAGGGUUUCAAGAAAGGGUUAGAGUUUCAAACCUGCGUUAGGGUUUUAUACAAUGGUUGGUCCUUCAAAGUACGGUUUCAAGACAGGCCUAGGCCUCCAAAUUGGGGUUUCGAUCUGGGGUUAGGAUUUCAAUUCUGGGUUAUGGUUUUAAUCAAUAGUUGGGGUUUUUAAGUAUGAUUUCAAACCAGGGUUAGGGUUUCAAUGGGGGAGCAAGGUUGUGUGUGCAUGUGUAGAAGUAUCACAGUUCAAGUGUGUUUGUAUAUCAGUGUGUCAUUUAGUUUUUGUGUCAGCAUUGUGUUUGCGUGUCAGCCCCAUCACAACACACAUACACGCUCUGUCUCUGGUGUCAAACUGGUGGCCCGGGGGCCAGAUCCGGCCCGCCACAUCAUUUUAUGUGGCUCGCGAAAGCAAAUCAAAAUUUCUCAUGGUGUUUUGGUGUGUAAUGCCAUUUGAGAUCUUUGCAAGCAUUUUUUUGUUACCAAUGAAAAGAAAUGUAAUAGUUGAAAAACAUGUUUUUAUAGGCUUGUGAUUUCCAAACUGGCUAGUCAUCAAUGUGUUGUGUAUACUGUAUGUAAUUACAGUAUAGGAGGUAAUCUUUCAUUUAUAUGAGUUCACAGUUGUAGCGGCCCUCCGGGGGAAGUCAUAACUACGAUGUGGCCUGUGACAAAAAUGAGUUUGACACCCCUGCUCUGUGUCAUUCGAACCCGCCUCCGGGUAAACCGGGAAAACGGGCCGAGCGGGACUAACGAGGGAGACGUUAACGUGACUGUCUUCUCUUUGUCUUCUGUCUGCUUUCAGUCCUUUCAGGGCAGCCAAGGAAGAGCUUAUCUUUUUAACUCUGUGGUGAACGUCGGCUGCGGUCCGGCCGAGGAGCGGGUUCUCCUCACGGGUCUUCACGCCGUGGCCGACAUCUACUGUGAAAACUGCAAAACCACGCUGGGCUGGAAAUAUGAGCACGCCUUUGAGAGCAGUCAGAAGUACAAAGAGGGAAAGUUCAUCAUCGAGCUGGCUCACAUGAUCAAAGACAACGGAUGGGAGUGACUCAACGCUCUGGCUUGGGCGCUCGCUUGUCAAACUGUGACAAGUGGACCCCCCCCCCCCUCUCAAUCCCAGCCCCCCCACCCUCUCCACGUCGUCUGUGACAUCACGCCACAGGGAGGCGACCAUGCUUUCAACUGACUUGUCGUGGUGACCUCUUGCUGGACAGCGAUGGACCACUUCUUUACGUUAGUGGAUAAGCGGUUAGCAUCGACUCGCUUUUUUUCUUUUAUUUUAAUGUGACGCGCUGCUGAUAUGGACGUCGUUUUGAUAAAAUAAUGUAGCAUUGGCGAAGGAGCUAGCACGUAAGCAAGCUCACAGGUUAGUUGCGCUGCUCACAGCGCUGAACUAAUACGGCAGCGGGAACCGAACAAUUCAGCGAGCUAGCAUGUUGCUGAGCUAACAAGUUGGCGAACUAGUGUGGCCCUUUCGUAACAAUCUUUACCCCUAUUUUUAUUAUUUUUUUCUUUCCAAAGUAUCAGAUCGUUAGCAAGCUAGAAAGUUGGAGAGUUAGCAUGCUCAUUUCGGAUUUUAUUUACGAUAUUUCCCCUUUUUGGUUUCUUCUUUGGUGUUUUCCUUCCCAGGUUUCAGAUCAUGUUACAAAAAAACCAUCAUAGCAGUAUUUCUCCACCAUAAAUAUAUGAAAUUAUGAAUAUAUUGCUAUUUAAAUAUAUAUAUGAAAGAUAGUAGUAGUGUUUGGUUAAUACGAGAGUGGCUGGUCCCAUUUGAGAAACUGAUUGCAGAUCCUUUGAAAGAAGUUAUUUAGUACGUGGAUAUUAUACAUACAUUUAUAAUUAUAUAUAAUUAUAUAUAUAUAUAUAUAUAUAUAUGCACUCACUGUUGUUCGCUCUCAUGCACACGUGUGUAUUUGCAUUAUGACGUGCAACUGUUUUCUGCACUUUGCGGAGUCAUCUGCUUAACGUCAGCUUGGAGGUCAAACCACAAUAACGUUCGGACAUUUUCUCGUUUUUUUUAAUGUUUUCUUUGAUCAUGGAUAGUUCUGACAGACAAUUUCUUGUUUUGCUUCUUUAUCACAAUUGUCUCAUUUUAAUAAGGAUAGACCGCUACGACAUUUUCCCUUUUUGAGACAGUCAAGACUUGUUUUAGUAAUAAUGCACAAUUGGUAAGGUUGGGCAUCGUUUGAACUUGAGCGAUUCCGGUUCCUUAUUUCGAUUGAGAUUCUUUUUAGGGGGCUGGGUCAAAAAACGUUUGCAUGGUUUAAAUAAAGUGUGUCCAAAUUAUGAAUAUUAGAAAAAAAAGUGAAAUAUAACUUUGUUAAAACUGUUAUUUGGGACUGUUUCAUCACGUCAAAUGGUUUAUGUGCAAGUUUUAACUUGACUUCCUGUUUUAAGCUUGUAGCCUUUUAUUUUGAAGGGUACACACCGGAACUCAGACUUUUGGCACGAAAAGUAACUUCACACAGCACCGGUGAUUAAAAAAUAAAGAAAUAAAUAAAUGGAUGGAACCAAA